AUUGAAUCCUCUAUGAUUUUUUUGAAUAGAUAGUGGAGGCCAAAUCAAUUGAAAAACACUGCUCUAUAACCGAAACCAAUUGAAAGUUGGAAAAUUUGUUGAUUUCGGCGUAGGACUUUCAACAAACAUGUGGAGGGCACCUCGAAUUUCAUACCUCGUUACUAGAUUGAGUAAAGUGAACGUAAGUGAUGUCAGUCGAUGUUACAGUCAAAUGUUGUCCCAACCAUCUUUUUCGCAAACAAAAUCUGAAUCUGUUCCUUGUGACCAAAAAGCUAAUGGUAGAGAGAUACCAAAGCAUUAUAUUGGGGAAAAUGUAUCUAGGAAAGAUAGAACCAAGUUUCUUCUCACCACACUUCGAGAUAUUGAUGAUAGUAAGGAGGCUAUUUAUGGUGCUCUUGAUGCAUGGGUUGCUUGGGAGCAAAAUUUUCCAAUUGGGGCAUUGAGAAAUAUAUUGAUUAGUCUUGAGAAGGAGCAACAGUGGCAUAGGAUUGUUCAGGUAAUUAAAUGGAUGCUGAGCAAAGGGCAAGGGACGACGAUGGGAACAUAUGGUCAAUUGAUUCGAGCUUUAGAUAUGGAUCAUAGAGUUGGAGAAGCACACAAAUUCUGGGAAAUGAAAAUUGGCACUGAUUUGCAUUCUGUUCCUUGGCAAAUGUGCCAUCUUAUGAUAUCAGUAUAUUAUCGAAACAAUAUGCUGGAUGAUCUUGUUAAGCUUUUCAAGGGACUGGAAGCUUUUGAUCGUAAACCUCGGGAUAAAUUAAUCAUUAAGAAAGUGGCAAAUGCUUAUGAGAUGUUAGGCUUGAUUGAAGAGAAAGAGAGGAUAAUGGAAAAAUACAGUCAUCUCUUCAUAGAGGAAGGACCAAGACCAGUCAGGAAAGGUGGAAGAAAGUCGAGUGCAACAAAGAAGAAAAAGCAGCCCAAUGAAUCUAUACAGGACUCUGAGGAAAAGUAGCGGUAAGGUACCUCUCAAGUGAUAGAAAAAAGAUAGAAGAGGACAUUAUGUUUUUAGCUCUUAUCCACCAACUCUCUGCUUCUCCAGUCAGCAAAAAGGUGGCAUACUCCAGCUUUGUCUUCCCAAUGCAGUGAAAAACUUAAAAGGUUUUCUCAAGCUUUGUCUCCCGAAUGCAGUGAAAAACUUAAAAGGUCUUCUCAAUCUCUAGCAGCCAUAGAUCAGCAUUGCCAGGAUCAUGGUCACCCUUAACCUUGGCGGAUUGUGGCGCCGGAACUCUACUCGUUCUCUAGCUGCUGCUAAUGCUUCUUUUUUUUUGUUGCCUUUGCUCAUCUCCCUGGGCCUGAGUUUGAGCUUGUAAAAUUGUCGCAUUAGCCUGUUGGAUAAUGGUAGCCGACAUAUCACGCAUUAUCUGUCUGACCUCCGUCAACUCUUGGGUUAUGUUUUUAAGUGAAUUCAGUUUGCAUAUACAUAAUUUACUAUCAUGGAGCAUAUAAACAUUCAUAAGAAGUCAUUUUACAAAUAUUUCUAAUACAAGAAAGCAACAACAGGUCAAACAACACAAAUCAAAUUCACAUACAACACAAGCUGACAAGCAUGCAUGAAACAAAUGCUACCCCACCCUAAAAAUGUUUGUUAGAGGAUUAUUACUCUAUUACCAUUUGUGACGCUUUAGACCAUUUUCAAGAUUACUCACUUACCCCACGAAACAACACUGGACUUUC